GGAAUGUGUCGUCAGCUAGGUGGAGAGCUCUACUAAUUCCUACUAACAAAUGUAACAGCGCACACAAACGCUCCAAAGGAAAAGGUUAGACACAAUUGAAAGGAAGGGGGAGGAGGAGCGCCGCUGCUUGCCGUGGUAAAAGCAGUACAGAGCUCAGUGCGCGCACUGACAGCAUGGCAGGAGACAGCGACAGCAAGUUGGACAAUCAAGCCGAAAAUGAGCAUGUUGUCAGGCAGCCUUUCCUCAUCGGGGUAGCCGGCGGCACUGCCAGCGGCAAGUCAUCAGUUUGUGGGAAGAUCAUGGAGCUUCUUGGCCAGAAUAAGAUCGACCAUCAUCAGAGGCAGGUGGCCAUCCUCAGUCAGGAUAGUUUCUACAGGGUACUGACCUCUGAACAGAAGGCCAAGGCUCUAAAAGGACAAUUUAACUUUGACCACCCAGAUGCGUUUGAUAAUGAGUUGAUAGUCAAAACCCUUUGUGAUAUCAUGGAAGGAAGAACUGUCCAGAUUCCCGUCUACGACUUCGUUACCCACUCAAGGAAAGAAGAGACGGUCACUGUUUAUCCAGCUGAUGUAGUUUUAUUUGAAGGCAUUCUUAUGUUUUAUUCGCAAGAAAUCCGAGAUCUGUUUCAAAUGAAGCUGUUUGUGGAUACGGAUGCAGAUACACGUCUGUCACGCAGAGUCCUGAGAGACAUCAGUGAGAGAGGCCGUGACCUAGAGCAAGUGCUAAACCAAUACAUAACAUUUGUUAAGCCUGCCUUUGAGGAGUUCUGUCUGCCAACAAAAAAGUAUGCUGAUGUGAUCAUUCCAAGGGGAGCUGAUAAUCUGGUUGCCAUAAAUUUGAUAGUGCAACACAUCCAGGAUAUUCUAACUGGUGGUUUGACCAAACGCUCGAACGGAUACCUCAAUGGCCACAACACGCCUCGUAAACGGCAUCCCUCAGAGUCCAGCAGCAGGCCGCAUUGACCAGCUCUCCAUCAGGACGUCUGGGAAUGCAGGGGAGAAUGAAUGUGUGAAGGAUGGAUGCAAGAGAAAAGAAGGAUUGCUUGUGCAUAAUUAGCCAACACUGUAUAAGACAAAAAAAAUCAUGAAAAAUUUCAAAGAGACUGCCUUUUAUUUCAUUCUGCUUCUUUCUUUUUGUUUUUGGACUGGCUACACUUAGAGUUAGAAAGAUAAAUGGAACUUCUAGUUCUAGGAUUGUUAAAGGUCAAAAUGGAUAUUUCCUCUAUUUAUUUUAGCUUUUUUUUUUGUACUUCUUUAAGAGUAGGUUGGUUGACUAAAAGUGGGAAUGCAGAUAAUUAAAUGUUACAUGACUCCAUGGUAAUGAGGAUUGAAAAAAUAUUUUUAAAAAAUUAUUAUUAUUUUUACCUCUGAUUCUUUUUUUCCUAUCAGAAAGGACUACAUUUGCAAAUGUAUUUAUUUAAAGAACCUCUUUACUGGAUGGAGGCCAAAAACAGUUGUUUUAAAAUCCAUCCUUUUUUUUUUUUUAUUUGGUUGACAGUGAUGGAAUAAGUUUUUAGUAUUCUGGCAUUAUUUAUAUGAUGUCCCUCUAUGAUCAGUGUUUCUUGCAGAAGGGUGAACGUUUAUUCCUCUUUUUCACUUGAACAAUUCAGGCAGUGUUGCUACGUCACAACACGCCUCUCAGGGUGUAGUUACUACAAAUGAAAACAAUAACUCCCUUUUGUCCUAAAAGGAAUGAGAUGUUAAUACAGAAGACAUCAGAGACCACACCUCUAAAAUAGAAAGGGCGCUAAUCUGGCUUAAUUAAGCAGAACUAAAUUUGUUGUAUGUAUUCAUACUCGGUUCUGAAUUACAAACCUUGUACUUCUAGAAUAUUUACGGAGAUGCCAGGUGAUCCUCAUUAAACAUGGUCAUGUGCUUUAAAACAAAGCCCAGUGGUUGAUUGUGCAGCAUUACUGUGGAGUGUUAGCAUGAAUAGUGAUCUAUUUGUCAAGAGAUUUGUUCAUAUACUAUGCACUCUACCCUUGACUCUAAUAAUGCAAUUUGACACUCAGUUUAUGACUCUUUAAUUAUACUUGUGCAAGGCAUUUAGACAAAUGGAGAUGCUUACUUGAAAAGAAUUCUCAGUCUCCUCAUCUCUUCAUCCUUUUGCGAUGGGUUUUUUUUCUUCUCUUUUUCCCCUUAAACCCAUUAUUUCACUAUUGUUGUGACUUAAAAUAUACACCAUGAUGCCACUUUGGUAAGUCUUUGACAAAACUCACCAAAGAGUUCAUUUAGUUUUCUUCAACAAGAUGUUUUUGUAGUCCGAGCCAUGUAAUUUCCAUACGCAAUACAUAUUUUCCCUUGUAGCUCAGUUUUCCUGCAUCUUAGAGCCAGAGAGAAGCCAUUUAAGGCACUCUGAAAUCGUUCAGGGAUGUGAAACUGAACAAUCCAACCUUUAAAUUUGACCCUGACUGUAAAAUGACCCCAUAUAUCUUCUAUAUAUCUUGACAUCUUUAACUUAAAAUUGGUUAAUCAUUGAUAUACGAAUUGUUCUUAUUUAACAUUGUUUGUAAUAUCGCUAUAUUUUAUUUUCUGGUUGGCUUCAUUCUCAUUGCUGCUAUGAUACAGGGUGACUCAUUUACAAUCCUAUGUAAAAAUUCUAAAUGAUCAAUUAUUGAAUGAUGUGAAUAUUUAUUUGAUUGAAUACGAUCGUUUCGAGGAUAAUGCCAGUUACAUUUAAUCAGAGACGUCAUUAUUUAUAUCUGGGCCAGAUGAAGAAAAAAAAAACAUUUUGUGACUUGAAUAUUUAUUUGGUUAUCAAAGGCAUUCUUACCCCUGGGCUGUUUAUUUGGCCAAAAUUGCAUAAAUUAUUAUAAAUCUUUUGUUGACGUCUGGUCCUUGGUUUCGUUUGGGUAUUAAAUGUGUGAUUCAAUCAGUAUGUUCAUAGAUUCAUUUUAAAAUUCUUGAAAAGAACCAGUUUAAAACCACUGCAACAAAUUGUGUGCCAUCAUAAAGUUUUUGUAUGUGAACUUACAGACGGUUCCUUUCAUUCUCACGUUGAAUUCCCUUCAAUGUUACAUUAGCUAAAUAUUGUAAAUAUUACUUUUCUAACCAACACUUGGUUACUCAAACAUCCAGGAUGUCGAAGAUAUUCAUACCUCUCAUUAAAGGGUUUUGAUAUAUUAGCACAGAUUUAAACACCAGCUUUUAAAAUGCAGUACACAUUACAAACAUUUUUUCCACAAUCACACAGUUCAGCCCUGAAUAAAACCAUGUUUUCAUAACUUAUCAUCUCUAUCUUACCAACUUGCACACCCAGUGUGUAAUCCUACUUGACUGAAAAUGAUGCAAAUACAGUACAUUGUUUUUAUUGAAUUGUGGGAUUCCAAAGAUUUAAGCUGUUGGCAUUGUUUAAUGUGCAAUCAAUUAGUUUGGCUCCCACACUAAUGUCUAUAGCAAAUAUUGAUUUUACCAGAAUAUGUGACAACCUUUAUGCAUGUAUGUUGAUAUUAGAAAUCCUAGUCUGGAACAGGUUGUCUUGUUGCAAAGAGGGGUGACUUUGAGGGGAUUUCAAAAGUAUGGUGUUCUGCAUGAUGUAUCAUUAUAUGUUCAAUUAUUGAUGCCUUUGAAUUUUGGUGCUUGCAAAAGGGGUGCAACAUGCAAAGAAAGCCAAAACUGUAUUACAAUCAGAAAAGGUUACAUGCUUGUGUUGCUGGACCAAACAAACUACAGUUGCAAGGCUUUAAAACAGCAUUUCUGUGUCACUGCAAUUAAUAUUAAUAACACUUUAUCUUGAACUGUUACUCUUGAAGCUGGGGAUUGACUUUUUUGUUUUUUAAGUGUUUCUGUGCUUUAAUAAAUCAACGAUAACUGUAUCAUCAUGUACAUGUGUAAAGAAUUGCAGAAAGUGAUUGACAGCAUUGCUUAGUUAAAUAAACGUUUUUG